CAACAAAGAACAGCAAUACAAUACAGGGAAAGACUAGGCAGAGCUUUUUCUUCUUCAUAUCAGUUUUUUAAACUUUGAAGAUGGUUUAUCAGUAUGUAGUAGGAGGGGUUGUAGCUUCUCUUUUGGGGUUCAUGUUCUUGUUCAAUAUAAGAAGAAACAAGAACAGUGGAGCUUCUUCAAUGGAGAUUCAGGAAGGUGUGUGUUUGAAAAGCACAGAAAAUGGAGUGCUUUGCAGUUCGGAGGAAGUCGGGUAUGCAGAUGUAAUCAUUGUUGGAGCUGGAGUUGCAGGGUCAGCACUUGCGUAUGCUCUUGGCAAGGAUGGACGCCGUGUGCAUGUGAUUGAAAGAGAUCUGUCUGAGCCUGACAGAAUUGUAGGUGAACUUCUGCAGCCUGGAGGCUAUCUGAAGUUGACUGAGUUGGGGCUUGCCGACUGUGUGAAUGAGAUUGAUGCUCAGCAUGUAUUUGGAUAUGUACUUUUCAAGGAUGGGAAGAACACUAAACUGUCAUAUCCCUUAGAAGGUUUCCAAUCAAAUGUGGCUGGGAGAGGCUUUCACCAUGGCAGAUUCAUACAGAAGAUGAGGGAAAAAGCUGCUUCAAUCGCCAAUGUAAGGUUGGAGCAAGGAACUGUAACAUCUUUAAUUGAGGAAAGAGGAACCAUCAAAGGGGUGCAUUAUAAAAUCAACACUGGCCAUGAGUUGACAGCAAAAGCUCCCCUUACCAUAGUAUGCGAUGGCUGUUUUUCAAAUUUAAGGCGCUCUCUCUGCAAUCCUAAGGUUGACAUCCCCUCUUCCUUUGUUGGCCUUGUCCUGGAGAAUUGUGAGCUUCCAUUCCCCAAUCAUGGACAUGUCAUUUUGGCAGAUCCUUCCCCCAUCUUGUUUUAUCCCAUCAGUAGCACUGAAAUCCGCUGUUUGGUUGACAUUCCUGGCCAAAAGGUCCCUUCCCUUUCUAAUGGUGAAAUGGCUCACCAUUUGAAGACCAAAGUGGCUCCCCAGAUUCCUGAAGAGCUACAAGCUGCUUUCAUAGUUGCAAUUGACAAAGGAAACAUAAGAACAAUGCCUAACAGAAGCAUGCCUGCUGCCCCUUAUCCCACUCCUGGGGCACUUGUCAUUGGGGAUGCAUUCAACAUGAGGCAUCCUUUAACUGGUGGAGGAAUGACUGUGGUUUUAUCUGAUAUUGUUGUACUUAGAGAUCUUCUCAGACCUUUACAAGAUCUAAAUAAUGCCUCUUCCCUCUGCAGAUAUCUUGAAUCCUUCUAUACCCUCCGUAAGCCAGUGGCAUCUACAAUAAAUACAUUGGCUGGUGCUUUAUACAAGGUGGUCAGUGCAUCACCUGACCCUGCAAGGAAGGAAAUGCGCCAAGCUUGUUUUGACUAUUUAAGCCUUGGAGGUGUUUUCUCAAAUGGACCAAUAGCCUUGCUCUCCGGACUAAACCCUCGGCCCUUGAGCUUAGUUCUCCAUUUCUUUGCCGUGGCUAUCUUUGGUGUUGGCCGCUUGCUGCUCCCAUUUCCUUCACUACACAGCCUUUCAAUUGGCAUCAGAUUGAUUUUGGGUGCAUCGAGUAUCAUUUUCCCCAUACUAAAGGCUGAAGGAGUUAGACAGGUGUUUUUUCCUAUAACGGUGCUAGCUUACCAUAGAGCUCCUCCUGUUAACUAACUAGUCCGAGAACCUCAGAAAGGUGAGUUCACAAGGCAACAACAAAAGUAGGGCUUUGCAGCUUGCAUACUUGUCCUAAGCACUAAGCAGAGUGCAAGGAAUAGAUACAUGUCCACUGGCAUAGAGUCUCCAUUUGCAGCAUGUAAUAAAUUUGUUUAAAAGGUUUUAGGAAAUAAGAUUAAAUUUAAUUAGGAGUUUUGAAAUCGACAUGUGUUGUUUAGCUUUUGUUAUCUUUCAGCUUUUAUAUUUUCUCAAUUGACUACGGGAAAACACACAUCAGAAAUGUAAUGUUUUGUUCUACGAAUGUGGAAUGCAAAUUACAACUUUCAUAUUGCCACAGCUUAACGCUUAGU